UAUAAAAUAAGCAUUUGGGCGCGCGGGGUGAGAAUACUGGAUUUCGGCAUGCUGUGCGCGCAUGGCGCGCCUGCGUAGUGACGUUCCUUUUCAACUGUCGCCCCGUCAGCCAUGUCGGAUGAUUCAGCUUUCUGCCUCAGAUGAUGGAUGUCGAGGAACAAAUUACAGUUACUCUAACAAUUUUACACAGAGUGCUUGCAACUGUCUUCAUAGACGGAAAGGAAAUAUGGAGAAAACUAUUCACAGUUGGAAGUAUCGGAGAACUGAUAGCCUCAGCCAAAACUGAGCUGUCUCUUGACAAAUUUCAAAUACAUUAUAUUGCAAGCAACACCCAGGAUAUAUUAGAAGGAAGUGUUCAACCAUUACAGUGUCAUUCAUCAGAUGUAACUCGUACUGGCACCCCAACUGGAUUGCUUACACUGCUUGAAGAAAAAGCCCCUACAAUCCUGAGAGAACACGAAGAGACAAAGACACUUUCUAUUUCCUCAAGAAAGUUUCUUGUUAAAGUUGCUGUCAGUGACCUCGUUGAGAAACAUGGAUUCUAUCCAUUUGGUACAGAAAAGCUGGCACUAGCAAAGGAGAUUGUGUCAUUGUUCCCCUCGUUAAGGAUUCAAGUGCCCUUUGGUGAAAAUGAGGGACAUGAGCAUUUUUUUGAUGGGCCAUCACACAGUGGCUUUAUAGAGAACAUCAGACGGAAGCUUCAACAGAACCAGCGGAUGUACAGUUUGAAACGUCGUCAUUGUACACUGCAACCUUCUUUGCCGAGUCAAGAUGAAACUGUGCCAAGUGAGUGGUUGACCCUGAUAAAAAGGAUGCGACCGUCACCAGAGAAUUCAUCAUCAAUAAAGGCUGCAGUUGAACAAACCUUCAGUUACCGAAGGAAAUGGAUAACAAGCAAAUCCCCAACUGUUGCUGAAAUCUUCAAAGAAUAUCCCAGAUUUCUUGACAUGCCCGCCUUGGUAAUAGACAUGCUCAACUAAGAGAGAACUUUACACAAACUUAUAUUCCAUAAUUGUAAUAUUAAUAUUUCUUUCUUUCUUUUUCUUUUUUUUCAUUGAAAAUGGACAUUGAAUUUUCCAAACUCACGGAUGGCAAAAACGACGUUUUUAUCCGGAAAUGGGAAGGGUGCAUAAUUCCAAAGCUGAAGCAAAUAGCAUCCUUGGAGAAGAAAAAUGACAUACAACACUUGCUGGAGAAAGCCAACAAUCAGCAAGAUGAUGAGCUGUGCUACACUAUAUUGAAGAUCCUCAUUCAUCUUCUUCCACCCACGGCGUCUGGGAGAAGUGUUGCUGGCAGUAAAUGCUGUGUGAACUCUGCAGUCUCAUACCUGUUGGAGCAAGUGCCGGUAUGCUUUUUUUUUACUCUUAGCUUGUGAUAAACAACAUUGUUUCUCAUGCAGCAACAUUUUCUGAUGCUUUUCAUUGUUUCAUUUCUGUAGGCCGGUACCAACGUGACCUCCUUGCUUAGUGAAUCCAUGAGUGGAUCCCUGAAGUCAGCUCAGCCGCAGUUGGUUUCCAUCGGUUCUCUACAACAUGGAGCCCAGUACAUAAUUGUGGCAAAGAAUGAUUCUUUUGCCCUUCCACUUGAUGUUGAAAGCCUGACCCGCGCGAAAUAUGUGACAUAAUUUUUGCACCUGUUGUGUCAAAAGGGCUUGCAGCUUAUCUUAAACAACUAAUAAUAGAUCACCAUACACAAUUCAAGCUGCUUUAUCCUGGUAGGAAUCUAAUUCCUAAACAUCAUUAUAUGACACAUUAUUCGAGUAUUAUGACUUUAUUUGGACCUCUUUCCAAGUUGUGGUGUAUGAGGUUUGAAGCCAAACAUCACCCUCUUAAGCGACAUGCCCAAGUAGUAUGCAACUUUCGAAAUAUUUCAAAAACGCUGGCUCAUAAACAUCAGAUUCAGCAAAUGUACCACUGGAAAUUGAGCUCACCACUCAAUUUUGAAAUGACUGUGCCAAAUGCUUUCCCAGUUGUGAUUGCAUCUUUGUAUAAAGGUGACAAAUUGCUUGACAAACUUAAGACAGACUCUCAUUUUGAGACUCUCACUUAUACCAGUUCAGUUCAUGUGGCAAACACUAUCAGUUUUUUGGGGACAACAUACAGGACAGGAUGCAUUCUGACUUUAAAAGCAGAUGAGUGGGGAGAACCAUUAUUUGGUGAAGUUAUACACAUUAUUCCCCAAAGUGAAAGAGAAUGUGCACUUAUGUUUCUGAGAGUUUUAAGAGUUAAAUAUUUUGAUGAACAUCUUUUUUCCUUCAGUGUCAUCAGAACCAAAGAUUUUGAUAUGGCAAAGCUGCCUGGUGACUUAAUAGAUUACAGACCUUUAAAUAUUGUAUCAUUUUGUGAUCAGCAAUAUGUAACUCCUAAAUACAAAAUUUUGUUUUAAACAUAUUGGCGGUUGAAACUGUUGAACACAUUGUGUUUUGACCAGAUUAGACAAUGAAUUGUUUUUUAACAUGAUCACCUAUAGGUGAAUGCAUACACCGUAAGUGUGUAAUGGUUAUUUCUUUGAAUACAGUUUUUAGGUUAAUUAAAAUAUUUUUUUCUGUAUGAAAAUUAAAUGUUGGUACACUUGAGAAUAAGUUUAGAAAAUAUGGUACUUUAUAUGUUAAACUGUUUCAUACAUAUUUGACAUUUUAUUUGACUGCUUAACAGAUGAGUUUUAUAAUAUUUGAUGAAUGGUUUUUAAAAUGUAUGAUAUGUUAAUGCUUAUUUCACAAGUUUAUAGUCAGUGUACUGUAGUAAAAACAUUUGAACGCAUUAAUUCCAUGUUAAAAAGAAAAACAAACAGUAAGUGUGUAAUGGUUAUUUCCUUUGAAUAGUUUUUAGGUUAAUUAAAAGUAUUUUUUCUAUAUGAAAUGAAAUGUUGGUACACUUGAGAAUAAGUUCAGAAAAUGUGGUACUUUAUAUGUUAAACUGUUUCAUACAUAUUUGACAUUUUAUUUGGCUGCUUAAAAGAUGAGUUUUAUAAUAUUUAAUGAAUCGUUUUUAAAAUGUAUGAUGUUGAAUGUGUUAAUUCUUAUUUCACAAGUUUAAAGUCAGCAUACUGUAGUAAAAAUAUUUGAAUGCAUUAAUUCGAUGUUAAAAAGAAAAACAAAUAAAUAGUAUGUGAGCAGUGUAAUUGGUUCCUGUGAGAUU